GCAACUCACGCUUCCUUUUCUUCCUGUCUGGCUCGAAAGAUGGCGUCCCGCAAGGAAGGUACCGGCUCUGGCUCCACGUCUUCCAGCUCCGCCGCCGGCGCUGGAGGGAAGGGCAAAGGCAAAGGUGGUUCUGGAGACUCGGCCGUGAAGCAAGUGCAGAUUGAUGGCUUGGUGGUAUUAAAGAUUAUCAAACAUUAUCAGGAAGAAGGUCAAGGAACCGAGGUGGUUCAAGGAGUGCUUUUGGGCCUGGUUGUAGAAGACCGGCUUGAAAUCACCAACUGCUUUCCGUUUCCCCAGCAUACGGAGGACGAUAACGAGUUUGAUGAAGUUCAGUAUCAGAUGGAGAUGAUGCGAAGCCUCCGCCAUGUGAACAUCGACCACCUCCACGUGGGCUGGUACCAGUCCACGUACUACGGCUCAUUCGUCACCCGGGCCCUGUUGGAUUCUCAGUUCAGUUACCAGCAUGCCAUAGAAGAAUCUGUGGUUCUCAUUUAUGAUCCCAUAAAAACGGCCCAAGGGUCUCUGUCGCUAAAGGCAUACAGACUGACUCCUAAGCUGAUGGAAGUUUGUAAAGAGAAGGAUUUUUCCCCCGAAGCAUUGAAGAAGGCAAAUAUCACCUUUGAGCACAUGUUUGAAGAAGUGCCGAUCGUAAUUAAAAAUUCACAUCUGAUCAAUGUCCUAAUGUGGGAGCUUGAGAAGAAGUCGGCUGUGGCAGACAAGCAUGAGCUGCUCAGUCUUGCCAGCAGCAAUCACUUGGGGAAGAAUCUACAGUUGCUGAUGGACAGAGUGGAUGAAAUGAGCCAAGAUAUUGUUAAAUACAACACCUACAUGAGGAAUACAAGUAAACAGCAGCAGCAGAAGCAUCAGUAUCAGCAGCGGCGCCAGCAGGAGAACAUGCAGCGUCAGAGUCGAGGUGAACCCCCACUCCCAGAAGAGGACUUGUCCAAACUCUUCAAGCCACCCCAGCCGCCUGCGAGGAUGGACUCGCUGCUUAUUGCAGGCCAGAUCAACACUUACUGCCAGAACAUCAAGGAGUUCACUGCCCAGAACUUGGGCAAACUCUUCAUGGCGCAGGCUCUCCAAGAAUACAACAACUAAGAAAAUGAAGUUUCCAGAAAAGGAGUUAACACGGACUCUUUGGCAACCCUGAGGAGAAAUACACUCGCAUAAUCAGAAGCACAGAGAAUUGCUUUACUGUUGUUUUUGCUGAUACUGUCUUUGUAAUCCAAAAUAAAAUAAAAUAAAGCAAAAUCUUGA